AAGUUAAGGUUUGGCAUAAGGCAAUGUUGUAGCAUUUCUUAACUGGACACUACAGCGCGUUGUCAACGAUAAAUUACGUGUGGGCUUGAUACCGGAGUGGGCUGAGGAUGAAGGAUUUUCUGCGCCGCAAUCCACUGGGGGACUCGAUCCGAGGAGCAUGUCAAGGAUUGGCUUAUCUACAUUCAUGCGGUAUAAUCCAUGGAGCCAUCAAACCAGAGAGCAUUCUUGUCUGGGAGUGGGUUGUAAUGCGCAAUCAUGCGAUUUCCGGCCCCCCUCCAUGCUCGACGGUUUUACAACGCAUGCUGAAUCACCGAGCGUGAUGAACACCCCUAGGCUUUUGGGUGUCGGACCCGUUCCAGCUUUCUUCGGUCAUCUCCAAGGGCCCGGCAAUGUCGGUUCCCUUGAGAGGCGCAUUUCGGCGUAUUUCGAACCUUUCCCUGAGCUACGACCCAGCGCUGCUAAGCUCAGUCACUUGAUGCAUUUAUUCAGGGCCAGAACCCAGCGUGAUAACUCCAAAAAAGACUUGUAUCAAACGCUUCGGCUUCGCAACCAUCUAAGGAAGGUAGUUUCUUUUUACUGUAUGUGGACCCUUAUUCAAGCCGUUGGCUACUCGAUAUGAGCGUCCUGGCACAAGGGGAAACAGUGACCAACCUACCGGUUGAGGAGCGGAGGAUUGGUGGGUCGACGAGUACAUGAGGCGGAAGGGUAGCGUUCCAUUCCCUGUUCGUUUCUGAUCAGAACAUAGCGGCACGACCUCGUCCGACUCCAGAAACUUUGGAAUCCUCACUAUCAGGUGCUUCCAAGGAGAGAGAACAGAAGGAAAAGCCAAUGGUAUGGUCACCACUUAUCAACUUAUGGUUCCUAGGCGUCGUACCCGCUGGGGUGCCCAGGGUGGCAGAAAUCGACCC